UCGCCGCAUGCCACAUUCACAGUGAAGUCGCUUGCGGCUUCGUAGAUAAUUUAAGGAACCGAGAUAAUUUAAGGAAACCUAUGAUAUAAGAUAAUUUAAGGAAACCUAUGAUAUAAGGAAACAUAGUGUAAUAAAGAAUGUGUAAGUUUUAGGUAGUGAAGAUGGGGACAGAGCUGCAGAGUGGUGUUGGCUGCUCGAUGUUUACAGACAGGAGUGUCAGCUCAGCGUAUCGUAAUAUCACUACACGUGCAUCUUUGAUGAGUCAACAUGUAUGGCAGGGCCAGCAGCCGGAAAAUGCUUACGCGGGGACACUCAUGUAAGAGACCUCCUCGGGAGGGCAGAAAGUGACGCGCCCUCGUCGUGGUCAGACCUCUGGCGAAAAGUUGUACUUCCCGUCUACCUCUCUAAGGCCUAGAAUACGUUUGACCGAAAAACGAAUAAAUGUGAUUCGCGUCAACGUACGGGCCUGCUUCUCAUUAAUCCUCCAAUACUGCCCCACUGGGCGGUAACAGUCAAACGUACUUCAUGGCUUGAUGGAGCUACAGUCCACGCCCCGACGUCCACCCUCUUGCGACCACGACGAGAGCUUGUUUCGAGUGCAAGACAGUGAUCGCCCCAGCUACGAGGGUUCGUGGGCGGCCUGUGCGCUGCCCCUCGAAUUAGGAGUCUACCCGCUGUGCGCAAGUGUGUGUACGUGCGCACGUGUGCGCCGCCCCUCGGGGUGGGAGCUGGCGUCGUUUUUCGCUGCACCGCCUCUUCGCUGAGUGUGUUCGUGCGUACUGUGUCUGGUAUAGCGGCGGUGUCCAACGGAGUGUCGUGGGUGCCCACGGCCUCACCUCAACUGCGGAAGUGGACUGUUUGUGCGUUUGUGCGUACGUACGCCCGGCUCCUCUGGAACGGAGCGGGCACCCACAGUGUGUUCGUACGUGUGUUUGCGUGUGAGGGCACCGCCUCUGAGCGGCGCUGUUGCUCCUGCGCUGCCCCACCGCCAAGUGUGUGUUCGUACGUGUGUUUGCGUGUGAGGGCACCGCCUCUGAGCGGCGCUGUUGCUCCUGCGCUGCCCCACCGCCAAGUGUGUGUUCGUACGUGUGUUUGCGUGUGAGGGCACCGCCUCUGAGCGGCGCUGUGGCUCCUGCGCUGCCCCACCGCCAAGUGUGUGUUCGUACGUGCGUGUGCGUGUGAGGGCGCCGCCUCGGAGCGGCGCUGUUGCUUCUGCGCUGCCCCACGGGCAAGUGUGUGUUCGUACGUACGCGUGGCAUUACCCUGCGUGUAUCGGGUACAAGGGAGGGGCCACUCAGCCACCCCUCGGCGGUCACAGGCGUGUGUUUGCGUGUGUUCGUGUAUUUACAUGUAAGGCUUCAUGUAUGUACGUGUGCUCACCGUAGUAUGCAGAAAUACGGUUAUGAUAUUAAUGGUAUGACUACAUUAUGAACACGACUGGUAGGCUGUUAGUGUGGCUGUGGUAAUACCGGUGAUAGCUUCCCCCUGUGAACCAUAUUAAAGAGAGGCAGCGGUACUAUCAAUUGAACAAACACAGCGGUACCAGGCAGCGAGAGAGGCAGCGGUACUAUCAACUGAACAAACAGCGGUACCAGGGAACGAGAGAUGCAGCGGUACGAUCAAUUGAACAUAUACAGCGGUGCCAGGCAGCGAGUACAAGACCGGGAAUAAGACAAGUGCCAAGCGACAAAUUGAUUGGUGUAGUACCAUCCGUUCAGCUGAAGCCGUCCACCAUGGAGAAUAGUGGAACUGCUCAAGAAUCCUCAGAUGGAGGAAGAAGAAACGAGGGCGAUAGCGAGCCCUCAAGGCAAGAACAACAAUUGGCAACGGUGAUGGGUAAUGUUUGCCGGAUUCUAGCACAAACAGUAACAUCACUGACUGAAAUGCAAGCAUCCUUCCACCGAAAACGACAGGUGUUAGACGGUGCAAGCACAUCAGCUGGGUCGGGAUCGAUCGCAAGUGAACAUGUCAUACCCUCUGGCCCUGAGCCACCUCACCAGGACGAAUCAAGUACCGAUAAUCCUACUGUCCCUCACCAGGGGGAGUCAACCACAGAUGGUCCCACUGUCCCUCACCAGGGGGAGUCACGGUCAGAUAAUACCGGACUCCCACACCAAGAGGAGUCAAGUGCAGAUGAAUCUCAACUUCCUCAACAAGGAGAGUCCGAUUCCGAUGAUGGAAUCCUUGUCACCAAGUCGGUGAAGACUCUAGUAACCCGAAUGCCCACUGGAGCCGUCACGGCGACCGCGGCCAGUCCAGCGACAUCCACCGCCCCGUCAGGAUGCCCCGAGAAGAAAGGAUGCUCCACCCCAAUGCUACAAGGGUCAGCAAGUGCCAGAACACAAAACUGCCAACUACAGGAAGACAUCCGGCGAGUGAACCUCUAUGACUCUAUAAGUUUAGCUCAAAGACCACUGCCGAAAUUCAGUGAGGGAACCUGUGGAGAAUUCUGGGAGUUUAAGAGAGCCCUCCAGCGACGCCUAGAAUCUGCAGAAGUAACCGACGGAUUGAGGUUGGAAGUCCUCGUCGAUGUCUACAAUGGCCCCGUCAAAGACGCUCUCAGAGGGUGUCUAAGGAUAGAAGACUAUAAAACGGGAUACGAACAAGCCUGGGAGCUGCUCGACAAACGACACGGAGACAAAUAUGAGUACAUUCGCCAACUAACAAAGAAAGUCCUACAUGGUCCGCCUGUUCAGCUCCAGGAUGAGAAAGGUCUCCAGAGGCUCGCAGACGAACUGGAACAUGCAAUAAGGGAUCUAAAGCUUCUUGGCAAGCUCCAGCAGAUUGAUACAUAUGAGGCCACACAAACGCUGACAGGAAGAUUCAAAGGGAAGCUCUGGGAUGACUACAUCAAUCAGAUGUAUAGAUACAAGAUGAAACAUGAAGAGACCCCUGGCGUUGAGUGGAUACUGAAAUUCGUAAAACUCAUGGUUCAGAAGGCAGAAACUUCCUCAAAGGCACAAACACAAGGAGUGUCAAGGGAAGCAAGACAGCCUCUUCCCGACAGGAAACCAGUAAGCUUAGUGACCGCAACAUCGGAUUCAACCGUCCAUGAUGGACAAAAGUGUUCCCUUUGUAAGGAAGACCACCAUCUCGGAGAGUGUACACAAUUCCUCAGGAUGACCUCUGUGAAACGAGAAGCAGUAAUACGUGCCGAACGUCGCUGUUUUGCCUGUCUGAGUCGGCACCACCGAAUAGCAGAUUGCCAUCUUAAGAAAAGAUGCGGUAUCGACGGCUGUCUGGGUGUUCACUCGCACCUAUUACACCACUUACACCUCAAAAAGGGUGCACAGGGUACUAAAGGAAUGUACAAUAGAGACGAACAGAGUGGAGCCCCCCGCAUGAGUGGGAGCAAAAGGACCGCCGUAUCUGACGACACGCAUCCGGAUAGAACUGCUGCGCACAAAAGACCGAGAAUAAAAUUGGAAGCAACACCGGACGCCACGACCUCGAGGACCAGAACGGAGCAGAAUUCGGUGGAGAGAGACCACACGAGGACAUAA